AUGUUCCAGGAGAACUAUUCUCGGGCUUUGGUGGGGUUGAUGGGCUGCAUGGCCCUCGUCCAGCAUGGACACAGUGCAUGCAUCCCUCCCUAUCGUCUCCAUGGGGCUGAUCAGGAGCACUCGGCUUAUGGAGGCUGGCGCCAUUCUCACACUUCCGUGAGCAAAGCUCCUGAAAGCACCUACAGUGCCGAGGUCACUUAUACCAACAGCGUUUCCAUCCGCCUGACCGAGAGUGUCUCUGUUGCAGUCCCCACGAUAGAUGCCAGUACUCUCGCUCCAGCCAUUACUGAGACUGCCUCGAUUCCCUCGACUGUGAUUCCUACUGCGUCUGUCAGUGUCGCGACUUCAACGCCCACUUCUUCUGCAACGGCCGCCUCUGGAACCAGCGCGUCGAAAGGAAACAUCAUGAUCCCCUGGUACUUGUACCCAGCCGAGGGAGCCUGGACGCCUAUGGAAGAACUGAUCAGCUCCAAUCCAGACGUCCAGUUCACCAUCAUUAUAAAUCCUGACAACGGUUCCGGCUCCACCACCCUGCCGGACGAGAACUUCCUGGCGGCAGUCCCCAGACUCACAGCCUACAGCAACGCGUUGGUGAUUGGAUAUGUUCGCACUGGCAAGGGAACCCGCGACAUCUCGGAGGUGGAAAAGGAAAUCAACACUUAUGCCGGAUGGCCAUCCGCCAGCGGAAACUCCUCCUUCGCAGUGCACGGCAUCUUCAUAGACGAGGCACCUUCGGACUAUGACGCCGCCGCUGUCACCUAUUACCAGCAACUUGCCUCGCUCAUCCGAGGAAGCGAGGGACUUGGUCCGAACAACCAUGUCGUCACGAAUCCCGGAACUGUUCCUGAUGCCGCCUACCUCAGCAUUCCUGAUGCCACGGUCAUCUUCGAGUCGCCGUACAGCGAGUUUGUGCGAGCCCUUUCAUCCGAUCAGUUCCAGAGCAUCAAGGGGGAGGAUCUCAGUCGCCUUGCGUCCAUGGUCUACGAUGUCCCUGACAACGUGGAUCUCUCGACCUUGCUGUCUCAGCUGCGCGCCAUCUCCAGCCAGACCUACCUCAGCAACCUGGACACCUACCAGGCUUUCGAUUCGGUCUGGACCAAGGUGGUCUCUCUGCUGUCUGCCUAA